AUGGCCUACUUCCAUGAACUCUCUAGCCGAGUGAGCUUCCAGGAAGCACGUCUGGCUUGUGAAAGUGAAGGAGGUGUCCUCCUCAGUCUUGAGAAUGAAGCUGAACAGAAGUUAAUAGAGAGCAUGUUGCAGAACCUGACAAAACCUGGAACGGGGAUUUCAGAUGGUGACUUCUGGAUAGGACUUUUGAGAAGCGGAGAUGGCCAAACGUCUGGUGCCUGCCCAGAUCUCUACCAGUGGUCUGAUGGAAGCAGCUCCCAGUUCAGGAACUGGUACACUGAUGAACCUUCUUGUGGAAGUGAAAAGUGUGUUGUCAUGUACCAUCAACCCACUGCCAAUCCUGGCCUAGGAGGUCCCUACCUUUACCAGUGGAAUGAUGACAGGUGCAACAUGAAGCACAAUUACAUCUGCAAGUAUGAACCUGAGAUUCAGCCAACAGACCCCGUUGAAAAGCCGUAUCUUACAAACCAACCUGGAGACACCCAUGAGAAUGUGGUUGUGACUGAAGCAGUAAAGGACGAACAAAAACCAGCCCGAACCAGUCUACACUCUGGAUUUCAAAGAGCACAAGAAAAGAGAGUGGCAUGGAAGUAUAAUAAUUAACUGACUUUGCUCCAGAAAAUAAAAAAUAGUUUUGUAAUUCUUGAUCGGUGUAAGGAAUGGCAUCAUUAGCUUGGAAUGGCUUGAAAUCUCAAAGGAUCUACAAGAUGAACUGUAAGCUCCCCCUUGAGGCCAAUGUCAAAAUAAAUUUUACAUGUUCAUAGUUUCACUUACAAAAUAUGCUGUGUUAAUCAUGGAGUGAGACCUGCUUACUCAGCUAAAGGAUGUACCCAAGCUUCAUGUAAAUGAAAUGGACCAUGCAGAUAAAAUCUCA